GCGCGCCCGCCCCCCCCCUCCCCCACACCGCCCCCGGCGGGAGCGACCCGGGAGCGGCGGCCGCUCCUCCGCCUUCUCCACCUCCAGUUCCUCCCCGCGGCGCCUGCAGCCUUCCUGGGUUCCCCAGAGCGCAGCCGACGUGCCCCACACGAACACAGCCAAGCCGAUGGCGUCCGCUAUCGCCGUGCCUGUAGGAUUUCACUAUGAAACCAAAUACGUAGUGCUCAGCUACCUGGGCCUUUUAGCACAGGACAAGCCACAGGAGCAUCCUCCUCCUCCAACUCAAGGGACUCAACAACAGCUUAUGGCACAACAUGCUUUGGAGAAAGAGGCUUUGGAGAAGAUUAAAAUAGAAAUCGAGGAGGAGCUAAAACGUCUUGAUGAAGAAAUCUUGGAAGCAUUUACCACCACAGGGUUUGACUGCCACACUUCCCCAGUGUUCAGCCCUGCCAAUCCAGAGAGCUCGAUAGAAGACUGCCUGGCUCAUCUGGGGGAGAAAGUGUCCCAGGAGUUGAAGGAACAUCUGCACAAAGCACUGCAGAGCUUGCUUAGCAAGCCGGUGACAUAUCAGGAAUAUCGGGAGCGCACGCAGGAGGCAGCUGCUCAUGCCAGUGGAUGGAACAAGGUCUUGGUGCCCCUGGUUCUGUUACAACAAUUUCUGAUGGAGUUGACCAGACGGGGCCAGGAACCACUGAGUGCCCUUGUGAACUUCGGGGUGACAUAUCUAGAAGAUUAUUCUGCAGAUUAUAUCAUUCAACAAGGAGGAUGGGGAACAGUCUUUACUUUGGAAUCCGAAGAGGAAGAGUAUCCCGGGCUCAUUGCAGAGGACAGCAAUGACAUCUACAUCCUGACCAGUGACAACUCAGGACAGGUGAGCCCCCCGGAGUCCCCCACGGUGACCACGUCGUGGCAGUCGGAGAGCCUGCCCGUCUCCCUGUCGGCGAGCCAGAGCUGGCACACAGAGAGCCUGCCAGUGUCCCUGGGACCUGAGUCCUGGCAGCAGGUGGCUAUGGAUCCUGAAGAAGUCAAAAGCCUGGACAGCAACGGAGGGGGUGAAGAGAGGAGUGAGAACAACUCUUCCAACUCCGACAUUGUGCAUGUGGAGAAGGAAGAGAUACCAGAGGGGAUUGAGGAAGCGGUGGUGUCAGCCGGCGCUGCAGAGACCAUGCAGGCAGCGUUUCCAGAAACCUCUGCUGCUUUACAGGAAACAAAGCCUCCUGAAAUUGCUGCUGCUGAAAAAGCACAUCCCUCUGCACUGCUGCGUACAAAACAGGAGGAAACGGGAAAAGCAGCUGAAGAGCUUAUUGAACCUGAAAUCCCCGUGUUAAGUAAACCUGUCCCAAAGUUAGCCCCAUCAGAAGAAAAGGCUGCACCAGAACCUGAGAAAAUACUGCUUCCAGGGGGAAAAAAAGUGGGGAAGGAGGGCCAUUUGGAAGAAAUAGAAGAGAAAUCCUCAGCUGCAGAGGAGAAGCCUAUCCUAUUGCCAGAAGGGAAAUCUAUACUGCUGUACGGCGGGGCUGCUGCGGUUGCUAUAUUGGCUGUAGCAGUCGGAGUAGCGCUGGCGCUUAGGAAAAAGUAACGCAGCUCUCUUGAGGAGGAGGGGGGAGAGAAGAGAGCACAUCCAAUUUUUGUAGUUGUGUUACCUAAAGGUUGAGCUGCCUGCUGUUUAAUUGGACAUUUGAGUAACUCAGUGGUGAUGAGGUGAGGUUGUUCAAUAAGCCUCCAGCUACGGACAAUCAUGUUUUUAGUAGAAUUGGGGCGGGGACUGGUUUUCGUGAUUAAAGUAUGGGGGUAUUUUUAAAAAAAAAAAAAAAUCUGCAAAUUUAAGAACUUAAGUGCAGGUGCUGAAGAAAGGGGUGCUCAUACUCUAGGAACUGGAACAGAGAAUCCCCAGGGGAAGGGGAGAGCCAGCUGCUGCCAGCCCCUGGAGAUUUUGGCUUCUCAGAUUGACCGCUAUUGCAGCUGUGCUGUCUUGUCACUUCCUGUUGCGCCCCUGAGCCCCUCCUAACAAACAUUAGCCAACCUGAGUCCUGUAGCGAGAGGCUGGUCUCCCUUUUGUCUCAGCUUCCUCUCAGGUACAGCACUGCUCCUCAUAACCUUCCAGGUUCCUCCUAAGCCCCAGUGGGACAGUGCUUAUUCUUACCUCUUGGCUCACACCGGUUUUGGCCCCUAACGUUUAUUGGAGCCCCAUCCUGUGAAGAUGCUGCCUCUCUAUAGCUGUAUUAUCUCUGAGCAUCCUGGUGUUCCUGGGGCAGAGGUGCUGCCCAGGAGGGUGGGGGGGGCCACUGCUAUUUGCUGGUUUGAGAAUCCAUUUGCUCUGCUCCUGCCCAGCCCACUUUACUGCAACUCUUCAGUUAUCAGAGGUACGAAGUUCAUGCUGGACACGGUGCCAUUGGGAUCAGUACUCUGAUAUCUGGGGUAUAUUCAGCAAAAAUACAGCAAAACCGUGUGGAAGCAAGGCCAGUGCCUCAAGUGCAAUUCAGAUGUUAGACGCUCUGCUGUGUCACGCUGCAGUCUGCAUUGUCUUUCCCAAGUUAAGCACAGAGUGUAUUUAGUCCUCACUUGGUCUUGCCUGUGACAGAAUCCCAGAUAUAUAAAGCAAUGGAUUCUAGUAACUGAGCAAAAGAGCAUUAAACAUCUCUAUCUGCUUCUUCCUGACCUGGCCCGGAGUGGUGUUCAGUGCGAUUUCUUUUGCCACUGUGAAUCUGUAAUUAGCUAAACUUACAGCUUCACAAAGGAUGAGCAAGUUACUUUGGCAAAAAAGGAAAUGCCCCUUCCUGCAGUCACAACACUUCAGGUGUGUGUGGAGAGAAACCUUUCAAGUAUUGCCCUGCUCCUUAGUCGGAUCCAGCCACAAGCGUUGCUCUUUCAGCGCGUGUUUGUGUGUCUGUCCUUGUCCAUCCUGCAGCUCCGUGGGCAAGGCCUUGGGCUUCCCAGGAAGAACUGUGGAUGCAUCUCUGAGGGUUGGUGCUGGCACUGUGGCUUAGACCAGAUGGAGGAAGGUGAAAGGGAACUUGUGAUAAUGUAAAAAACUAAACAUGAGCUUAUGGGAAUCUUCGCAAAGCACAAAGAUAAGGUACUUUUAUUUCUAAAUAACCAUAUCAAGAGUACAUCUCCUGAUGAGCCUGUUUCUUACAGGAUCUCAGAAUGAAGAGAUCUUAGUAUAUUCUCUAUUUUAGAAUAUUCUUGCUGCAUUUUCCUAUCCCAGGAUGCUGGAAAGUUAGUCAGAAUGUGUCAGAUUCUGAGGAAUUAUUUUUGUUUAAGCUUUUCUGAAAUGGAUUUUUUAGAAAACUUACUGGAUUUUGAACUCUGUGUGUGUGAAGUUGAAUAUUAAGAGGAAGGGUUGUCAUGUAUAUACUGCUGCUGUGGACUGAACUUGGGAGCUCUGGAGUUCUGGACUGUACUGUUGAUCGAUUGCUCUUCUUCCAUGUACAAAACAUAGUAGGUUGGCCUUAUCAGAAAAAAACCCCCAAAUCUUUUACCACAUUGCUGAAUGAGAUUGACUUUUUUUUGCCAUGUUCUGGUGCCCUGCUGGUACUCGUUGUUGUGCUGUGUCCGCAGAAUGGGUCACUGGGACCUCUUCACGCCACAUACUCUGGUGUCUGCCUUCCCCCACCACAGCAGUUCCCUCUCCUGGCCCCUUGCAGGAGUUUCCCUCACGUGGAGGAGAGGUCUCUUCAUGCUCUGUCACGGACAUGCAGGACCAGUUUUGCUUCGUUUCACGUGUCGUGUUUAUCGAGGAAUGUUGCAGUCUCUGAAGUGGCAAGGGCAGCUUUAUUGCUUGGUCAGUCAGGGUAGGGCUGCCCCUCUCCUGCUGCUUUGCUGGUGGCUUUGGGUUCUUCUCUGGGCACGUUCUCUGUGGGAGAGAACUGUUCUUAACCUACAGCCUCUCCUUACUGAAGAUGAUGAACCUACUUUUGGUACAUCCCCACCUCUAGCCACACAGCAGGUUACUCUGAAGCAGAGAUGGAGUCUGUGGACACUGGAUAAGUUGUGAACCGACAGGGGGAGGAUGGAGGCAGGGCUGGUGUUACUUCAUCUCUUCUGUGGAUGUGGUUGUUUGGGUAGUAGUGUGGAGAUGGGUAGAGGAUAGACAAGAAUAAAUCCAGGCUGGCUAGGGAGGAAAUUCCUAACUUACUGGCACAAGGAGCCCAGUGGGGCAUGAAAUAAAAAGCUUCCACGCACAGCAGUGAGAAGGUGGCAGUAGCAGUAAGGAAAAUAGAUUACUGUGUUAGGCAUUUUUGUGGUCAGGCAGAAGCCUUGAGUAUCCGGUGUGUUGCUACAUGUAAUGGAGCAUCAGUUGCACCAUGUUUUGGUUGCUUGGUCCUUUCUUUAUAAAAUUCUUCUCCUUUUAGGGUCUUUCAGAUUUGACAAGUCAGCAAGAUUUUGUACCCUCUUGUCCCCCACCCCACUGACCACGUGUUCAGAAAAUUCCUUGUAUGAGUCUUUCCUCCAGGAGCACUCUGCUAGUUAACAAGGUCAGCUGUGGGGUGACUUGAGUCAGAGUUUGGAGUCCUGUGGUCAGAGCUGGGACAGGCUUUGUGGAAGUCACCAAAGGGUGGAUAAGCUCAGAUGGCAGCGUUCUUACAGACCUGAGUGAGAGGCUGCACUGCUAAGAGGUGUGAAUUAGAAAAUGUAAGUUUUCUUCCCCCCAUCUUCAAGUAUGUUACAGUAUUCUUAAACUGCAGGGUCCAGUUACCCCGAAAGGUAUGAUGCAGCCUCUCUUCAGUGGAUCUCUUGUAGCUGGCAGAGGGAAGGCAGGAGCUAUAUACUUAGAACAGGGCAUAUAGAAUUACUUUUGCUUGUUUUGCUUAUCCCCUUCCCAGAAGUGCCUCAAUAUCUGUCCUCGAGUGGCCUCUACUUUAACAAAAUAAUCUACCUUAGACCCAUUCUGUCUUCACUUUAUCCUUAGCAUACCCUAAAGCUGAGAUGCUAAAACAGCAGAGGACUGGAUCUAUGAAAAAAGUGGCACAUACUUAGGGAACUGCAGUGGGCAGCACGCUCAAUAAAGAGCUGUCAGGGGAGAGGCUUUCUCUCUAAGAUAAGGUGCAACUUAAAUUCAGCUGUGCUUAAUUCUAAGCUAGGCUUAGUUGGGUACUGUGGCUGGGAGCUGGGCAAGGACUUUCUUAAGCUGGCACUGCAGGAACAAGAGGCUGAGGGCAAAGACUGAAACCCAGAUUCCUCUGUUGCCCAAAAGCCCAAAGUGCAGAUGCGGAGCCACGUCCCAGCCUGUUGCAGCUCUUGGGUGCUGGGUGGAGCCUGGUGGCUCCUGCCUCCUGCAUCCCUUGAGCUUCAGAACAUCCAGGCUGUGAGGCUGUAGGUGGCAUGGCAGUGCUGAGCUGCUCAACUGGCCCAAACAGGAAUAUUACUGGGUGCACAGAGAGGCAGCUUAAAAACUCAAGGUUUUGGUUCUCACUGGUCUGGGUGGAUGCUGAGUAGAGGUUCUCAUGGUGGGAAUUCAGCUGCUGAAAACUACUGAAAAUGACUUCAAUCUAAAAUACUAGGUCUGGCCCAACAAAACAAGCAGAGGCAAGGAAGCAGCACUUCUGCAGCUUUCUGUCCUUUCAGAUGUGAAUCUGCAGGUACUCACCAGUCCAAAGAGAAG